GACUAAACAAGAAACCUGCUGCCAUGGCCGCUCCUCUCCUUCAUUCCAGUAAACCAUUAUCCAACACAUGGCUAAACCGUAUUUUCAUACUCAUCUUCGCCGGCGCCGUUUCUAUUCACCUUCUCCGCCGCUGCCGUAACCUAAUCUACUCUCCCACUCCAAUCUCCACCGCUCUGUUUGUAGCCGACUUUGUGCUAGCUUUCAUGUGGUUAACCUGCCAAUCCUUUCAUUGGAAGCCAAUCCGUCGUCGCGUUUUUCCGGAGAACCUGCAACAAGUGGUGGCGGAGAGAGAGUAUCCGGCGUUGGACGUGUUUAUUUGUACGGCGGAUCCAAAGAAGGAGCCACCGAUUGGAGUGGUGAACACGGUGAUGUCAGUGUUGGCGUUUGAAUACCCACCGGAGAAAAUGUCAGUGUACAUAUCGGACGACGGAGGAUCGGAAGUGGCGUUGUAUGCGUUCAUGGAGGGUGCUGGUUUUGCGAAGCAGUGGAUACCGUACUGCAAGAAGCAUAAGAUUGUGGAUAGGUCACCGGAAGUGUAUUUUGGAAGUGAUCCUGCUUGGUUUCCUGACACGGAUGAAAUCAAGGCGAUGUAUGAAAGCAUGAAAUCAAGGGUGGAGAGGGUGGUGCAAAAUGGCUGCAUCCAUAUGGAGUCUGAAUUCAGGGAGGCUUUCCGUAAAUGGACUCCUGAUUUCACCUCUCGAAAUCAUCCCACCGUCAUCCAGAUAUUGUUAGACAACAACGUAGACAAAGAUAGUGCAGGUGGUGCCAUGCCCAAUCUCAUCUAUCUUUCUCGACAGAAAAGCAACAACAAACCUCAUAACUUCAAGGCCGGAGCACUUAACGUCCUGCUACGAGUGUCGGGCGUGAUGACUAACUCCCCGAUUGUCCUACUCCUAGACUGCGAUAUGUACUCGAACGACCCGCAAACGCCACUUCGUGCAUUAUGUUAUUUUAUGGAUCCGAAUGCCGAUCCAAAGCUUGGAUUUGUUCAAUUUCCUCAAAGAUUCGAUGGCAUCAAUAAGAACGACAUUUACGCUUCCGAGUUCAAGCACGAGACACAAAUUCUAAGUCUCGGCAUGGAUGGCUUGAGAGGUGCUCCAUUUAUGGGCACCGGAGGAUUUUUCAAGCGACAUGUUAUUAGCAUGAGAAUCGAUUCGAAGCCAGUAAAGAUUAGUGAAGAUGUUUUGGCUGCGGCAUACCAAGUCGCGAGCAGCAACUAUGAGGACAACACAAAAUGGGGAUCGAAGAUUGGAUUUCGUUAUGGUACCGUGACAGAGGACACCUACACGAGCUUUCGACUUCAUUGCGAAGGAUGGAAGUCGAUUCUUUGCAAUCCGAAACGAGCUGCAUUUCUUGGAGGUUCACCAUCGAGUUUGAAUGAUAAUCUAACCCAAAUGAAACGAUGGUACAUGGGAUUCCUCGAUAUAUUCUUUAACAAAUACUGCCCGAUAACAUAUGGCAUUCGAUCAAUGAAUCCUCUCCAAGCUUUAUGCUAUACACACUACUCUCUUCGUUCGCUGUGGUCGAUUCCAAUCAUCAUCUACGCGUUCUUGCCUCAACUUUCGCUCAUAAACUCCUUUGCGAUAUUCCCAAAGGUUUCGGAAGGUGGGUUUUUCUUGUAUGCAUUUCUAUUCCUUGGAGCUUACGGAAAAGAUUUUCUUGAUUUUGUUGUGUUCGCCGGAGGAACCAUGCAAAGGUGGUGGAGCUACCAAAGAAUGUGGUUAAUCUGGGGUCUAUCAAGCUGCCCAUUUGCAUUGCUCGAGUGGUCACUCAAAUCUGUCGGCAUAUCGACAAUCGGGUUCAAUGUUACCUGCAAAAUGAUCGACGAAGAACAAAACAGUAGGUACGAACAAGGUUUGUUCGAAUUUGGUGUCGAAUCGGUCCUGUUUUUUCUGAUUUCGGUGGCAUCGUUGACCAAUUUAUUGUCGUUGGUGAAAGGAGUUACGGAGGUGUUUAUGAAUGGGAGAUUGGAGGAGUUAUUUGUGCAAAUUUUGAUAUGUGGGUUUGGGGUGGUGAACAGUUGGCCAAUAUAUGAAGGCAUGUUUCUGAGGAGAGAUGGAGGGAGGAUGCCAUUGAAGAUUACCUUAGCAUCAAUGGCAACUGCAAUGGUGAUUUGCUUAGUGUCUCCUUUGGUUUUUUAAAGUUAAAGAGUUAUAUUUUGAGAGAUGAAAGUACGACAAGAACCUUCAUUCCAUGUAGAAGUUGUUAUGAAAACCCUAACAAGAAUCUCAAAAAAUAACUUUAAUUAUGGAUGAUCUUAUGGUAACAUCAAGAUUUGACUUACAAAAUCAAAACCAAAAUCUUCAUGGAGGAAAACCUAAAUCAAAGAAAUCCAAAACCCAAUUCUUUAUCUUCAAAAACCUAAAACCAAAACCCAAUCGUUACGCAGAAGCAUAUGAACCUGAACCUAAAGCAGAUCAUGACCCAAAAAGCAGAUAUGAACCACCAAAAUCAUAUAUGAACCUGUGUCCCUGUUGAUGUCAUGAACUGAGCCAGAAAACCCUCUCCCUAUCACCCUAUGUUUCCUCGUAGUUGUCACGUAUUGAACCCGAUCGCGAAACCCCAUCCCCUUGUGUCCCCAUUGAUGUCACGAACAGUGGUGGCUUUGGUGUUGUUGACCAAGGAUGAAGAUGACGAUGGUGGUUUUGGUGUUUCGAUGUAACCAAGGAUGAAGAUGGCG